CAACCGUAUAGACAAGUGUAACUCCGAAUCCAGUGUAAAGUGCAACCAUUUUGUGAGGAAAUAAUUCAAAUAAUAUACUAUCAAAAUGUCAUGCGGGGCAGAAUGCUUGUCCCUGGGCCCGCCACCAGACUCCAUCCUCCACAUGCCGCCGCCGCCAUUGCCGGCAUUCCUCGCCAAUGCUGCCAACCUGACGCCUCCCUGCCGAGCUUCCAAGUGUCCCCCAGUAGCCAACAGAGAGGAAAACGUGCUGUUCCCUGGAGUGGAGUACCAUGAGUUGCCUCGUCAUGAGCCAGCUGCCAACGACGACACGUGGUUCCUGGUGCUGAUCACAUGCUGCAUCGCCGUGCUCUGCAUUGCGGCUCUACUUGCGCUUUUCCUGCUUAGAUGCCGAGAUUUUGCCGUGUACAGGGCUCGUGGCGGCUGCAAGAGCGGCACUGGCAAGGCUAGUGGCUCCAACGCCCUGUACGGGGGCGCAGCUCUAGACUCUAGGGUACUCUGGGCCGCGUUGACCCCCAGAGGCACCCGGCACUUCGUCGCCGACACAUACCCCCACGACGAAACCGAAGACCACCACUACGAAUGCGUCGAACCACCGCUAUACAAGCUUGGGCCUCCAGAAGACUUGGGGAUUACGAGGCACUUCAACGUGGAAUACGAAGAUCCAGCUCCUUUAAUAGAGAAUUACGCUGAUCGCACUGAAGAGUACUUCCGUAAUGGUAUGGAUACUCUUCGCAGAGGACGGCCUCUGGUGUCGUCUCCGACAAGGAUCGAGCGUCCGAAUCUGCCUCCUUUGAAUCUCCAGCCGAGGACUCUCCGUCGGGCUCCACACUCUCGCCGAGUGAGCGACGCCAACAACUCUGAGAAGUCGGCCAUCUGAACCGAGAACGGCGCGGUCUUUUCCGUCGCCGACACAGCUGAUUUAGACUACGAGUGGCCGACCGAUAACGUCGACCGCCUCGUCUAAACCUCUCGUUCAAACUCUCGUAAUACUGUGAAGAAUUAGGCCUUAAAGUUUGAAGGUUAACACCAAAAGAGAUGUGCAUAUUUGGCGGAAUUUCCUUCACUUUGUAACUCCUGGAAAGUUAGCCAAGUUGUAAACGUUUCGAUAGGACAAAUUGGUAAUAACUCGCGCAAUCGAAUCCACCAUGCGGUAAGGUGCUCAUUAAUUCGCACAAGUGAUGUAAUUAUGCCUUUUUAACGUGACUUACCUACUUAUUGUAGAUUUGUCGCAAAAUGACAUUAACUACUUGGCCGGAUGCUACACGUGUUACAGGUUGGGUUGAUCGAAACGUUUGUAACUUGGCUAUGACCAUCCUGGGAGGUUAAAAAAGGUCACAUUAAAGCAAUUUACCUAAAAUUUCAAUAAUAAUAUUUGACAUUUGUUGGCGUUGCGCAUUUACUUCAUAUGCGUUAAAGUCAAAUUGCAAUAUUGGAUGAAUUACUUCAAUGGCCUUUUUAGGCGCUCUACCUACUAACUUUCUGGUUUUCUAAUUCUCAAGCUCAAAUAAAGACUUUUUCACAAUAGCACGGCUUCUAGAACAAUAGUAUUGCAAGCUAAACCUUCGCGGAGAAAUCGUGUGUGUGAACGUGUUACCAUUAACUUAUCAACAAAUAGGAACCAAUUACUCUCAAUGUCUAUAAGUUUAUGCUGUAAAUACUCUCUCAUAUUUUUUAAGCAAUGUGCAAUGUAAAUGCUAUCUCUCAUUUAGUUCAACACCCGUAGAAGAUGUUAACUCGAACCUUUCCUUUACUCCGUCCUUAGUUGAGGCGUCCUUAAGGAACAUCUCGAACUCAUCUCAAAAUAAGUAUUCUUACCUCGUAAGAUUACUCCAGCGAGGUUGAGUGGAGGCAUGUCCAGUGGGAACGUUCCUUGCGGUAAAAAGACGCAAAACUUAUGUAUUUGGGGCUUUAUUACCUAAUUUUUAGGCAGAUAAGACCAGAGUACAAGAAAGAAAAAAAUCAAAAAGAAAAGCAGCCAUUGUCCGGUCACGAGUAUUAAUUAAUAUGUAUACACUUUGAAACCAUGUCACAUUCACUUUUUUGACAAAUUAAACCGUAAGUCUCGUUAAAUGUCAAAUAUGAUAGUGCGACAGGGUUGUAAAGUGAGUACAUGAUAUUGCUAAUGACUGUCCAUACUAUUAACACUAAUGACUGUCCAUACAAGGACAGAACGUCUAAUGACGUUCCGAUUCUAACUCAUACUAUCUAUUAUGAACCAUCAAUGACCCAUGGUCUCUGCCCGUGAAAGGGUUAAAGAGUUUUUACAACGGGAACAUUCCCGGGAACGGCACAUCACUUGGCAUGACGUCAUUAAAUUCGUAUUAUUAUGCUGGCAGUAUGAUUGCUCGACGCCAAUGAGAAAAGUCCUUAGGCCGCGUUCAAGGACACGCGGGGCAUAACGCGAAGCGGUGCGCGGGGCGUCAAGCGUUUUCUUCCUUCAUGGAGAAGCGUCAAGCUAAAAACGCUUGCAAAAACGCUUCGCAGUGAACACUCAGUACAUUUUCAUACGUUUGUUUUUCUGACAGCCCGCGCCGCGAUUUCCUGAACGCAACCUUAGGCCAGGAUACUUUCUUCAAAAACAAUAUUGGGGUGAAUAUCAAAAUGUGUCAAGUUUGGUGGCGACUGUCAUUUAAUUUUUUCGUGAAAAAUUGGGGAAAUUGGGAAAAUUGGGAAUUGAAAAAUUCCUUUUUCAUGUCGGAACCGAGGAUCCUUUUGGAUCUUUUUCAUGUCGGAACCCAAUUUUUCACGAAAAAAUAAUAUGAAAUUUCGCCACCAAACUUGAAAUUUUGAGAUUCACCCAUAGAUGGCGCUGUACAGUUUUUUCUUGGUUUAACCUUUAAUUUCAUGGAUAGUCUUUGUUUUUGGGUAUAAAUGAUGAACCUUUUUAUUACACCCAGUAAGUAUUUUGAAAAAAAUAUAUAAGUACCCGAGCAAUGUGAAAAUAGGUAAUUGUAACGUUAAAGCCGUAGAACGCCAUCUACAUUGUUUUUGGUGAACGUAGCCUGGUCUCUCAUAUACCAAAAUGCAGUGGAGUGAAGGAAGUUUUGAGUUAACAUCUUACAAUACGGGUGCUAAGUCUUGUAUGAAAGUAGUCAUGUAUUCUAGUCAGAAACGUCACAAAGAGUUACCUAUAUCUCUGUAAUCUCUAGAUCUAGAAAUUGUUUAAUUGUAACUGGAAUUUCGGUGUCUAUUUUAUUCUAUCCUGAUAUCAUAGGCUCAAACAGUGAUUUGAUUUUUAUAAAGAAAAGACAAAAUGUUAUAGUUUUAAGAUGAAAUGAAUAACUGAA